AUGGUUCCAACUUUACAUGCUCGUCGUCGCCGUCCUGGUCAGCAAUACGAACACUUUCAGAAUCAACAAAUCAACACCUCCACCGACUACGAAUCUGACACCGCAUACAAUUCCGACAUGGCGCGUGCCCCUCUUCCUCAGCGCUCAAACGAGGAGGUGAACCUCAAAGUCCUCAAGCGAUACAACCCCGAUCUCGUUGAUAUCAUCUCCCUUGCCAAUUAUGCUGUCAUCUACACGUUCAACCCCACUACUGCUGGCUGGGAGAAGAUCAACAUCGAAGGGGCUACGUUCGUCUGCUCGAUGACACCAGGUCCACUCGGCGAAGAACGCUACGAGGUCUUCACCAUGAAUCGCCGCUGCUUGGAUAACUUCCACAUUCGUCUGACUGCCGCCGAGAACGUCGAAGUAACGGAUGAAUUCAUCAUUCUGAAGGAAGACCAGGACAACGCCGAUGGCAACUCCAGUGCCGACAAGUACCGCGUCUAUGGUAUCUGGAUCUAUUCCGAGGAUCAAACCUCAACCGCCGCAAUGCGCGCUGUGAACGCCAAGGUAAUCAUGGAGUGUUCUUCUCGUGCAGGCCAGUCCUUAAAGAAUGCCAAGGAACGCAUCCAAGCUAUGCGCCAGAAUGAGCUCCACGUUGCCGCCGCCAUGGCUGGGACUCAGUCUGGACCUACCGAGGAAGCCGGCGGUGCUGUUCCGAUGGGACGUGCAAUGUCGCUGAGGGAGAUCUUUGGGCAGCAACGCGCCCAGGAUGACGAGUGGAGUGUUCGCGCACACCACGAACAGCCUCAAUACAAUGUUCCCCCUCAGGCUGAUCCUUACGCCCAGCUCCGUCCUGGCAUUUCCUUUCAAGCUCAAGCUCCCAUGGCCCAGCCUCCUGCCCGCGCGCCUCGUCCCCCGGCCCCGGGCCAGCCCGACAUCCUGGGUGAUCUCUUCCGUCGCGCCGGACUUCACCCAGAGUAG